AUGGCAUUCAAACCUGCGGCAAUCCAAGGCCACGACCCUCGCGUCCCCAUACCUGAGAAGGAUCUUCAUCCAGAUCACCCCAUCCUUGCAGAUGGGAUAGAGCCCAAUUUCGAGACUUAUCUCUACUUUGCUAAGCAGCAGCGAGAGAAAGAAGCUGCGGAAUCCAAGUCGGACGACAUGGAGCGAGGUUUCUGGGCUAACAUCCUCUGGGGAAAGGGAGAUCAAAAGUUAAUUCCCACUAACUUCACAGAUGACAAGAAAGGAAACACCGCUGGGUCCGCUUCGGAGGCAGAGUAUCGGGCUGCUUCGAGCGCUUUGAGAACCGCUUCAUGGGCAAGCGUGUUCUACCUUAUCACUACAGACAUUCUCGGCCCAUACACUACUCCAUGGGCGUUCUCACAGGUCGGUUAUGGUCCGGGUGUUGCAUGCUUCAUCGCAUUUGCCAUUAUGGCUGCCUACAGCGGGCUGUUACUCUGGUACAUGUUCAUGAAACUGGACUCAGAUAAACAUCCCCUGAGAUCUUUCGGUGACCUCGCCUACCGUAUUUACGGCGGCUGGUUUCGACAUGUGUGCAACGUCUUGCAGAGCCUGCAGCUUAUACUCAACGUCGGUCUAAUUAUCCUCUCGAAUGGUCAAGGCCUUUCGCAAAUGGCAAAGUUCAAGCUUUGUUUCAGCGUUUGCAAUGUGGUUUGGAUGCUGGGUGGAAUGAUGCUCGGACAAAUCAGAACUCUCCGGAAGUUUGGCUGGGUUGCUGACUUCGCGGUAUGGCUCAAUAUCAUCACUCUAAUUAUUACUAUGGGUGCUGUCGCACACACACCUCCGAACUACGAGGGGUCCGGCCUUCCACCCGGUCCCGUUCAGACGUUGGCCAUUAAUAAUCAACCCUUCGAGGAACAACUCAACGGAAUUAUGCAGAUGGUCUUUUCUUACGGUGGCGCAAUGAUUUUUAUUGAAUUUAUGGCUGAGAUGCGUCGUCCCAUGGACUUCUGGAAAGCUAUGGCCUUCGCCCAGCUGUUCAUCACCACUGUCUACAUGUUCUUUGGUCUGUUCGUCUACUCGUAUCAAGGGCAGUUCGUCGUCAACAUUGCCAACCAGGGUAUUUCCCUCUACAGCCUUCAGACAGCGACCAAUGCUACUUCCCUCACAGCUGGCCUCAUCGCAGCUGCCUUGUAUGGUAACAUUGGUGUGAAGGUCAUCUAUAACACCAUCUUCGUGGAACUGUUCCGCGCUCCGCCCCUCACUGUUAAAUCCGGAAAGUACCUGUUUGCUGUGUCUGUUAUAGUCUACUGGGCCCUCGCAUAUACCAUUGGCUCCGCUAUCCCACAAUUCACCAACAUCUCCGCAUUGGUUGCUGCCGUUUGCAUCUUCCAAUUCAGCUACACGUUCCCACCAUUCAUGUUCCUAGGGUUUGUCAUGCAAAACACCGCUCUGUCUGGUGAUAAACCUUACGACGUCAACAACCCACACAGUUCUAGAGUUGACACGUGGAAGAACUGGUCUCGUUGGAGACGAGCCUUGUCCAAGCACGUCUUGUUUAACCUCUGGAAUUUCAUCCUCAUGCUUGCAUGCGUGGCAACAGCAGUUCUAGCGGCGUACUCUGCGAUUAAGUCAAUCGUCAAUGCCUUCCAUACUAGUGGUGCUCCGACGUCUUUUGGGUGCAAAUCCCCAGUUCAGUAG